AUGGCGGUGCGGGCGGCAGCCAUCCCCGCUCGGGUCCCCUCCAAGCGCUUCCCGGUGGCGGUGGUGGAUGAUAUCCUGAAGGAUGUGCUGGGGAGCUACCUGAGGGAGCAGCCCUACGAGCCGGCGCGGUGCAGGGACAUGGCGAAGGACAUCGCUGAGGUUAUUAAAGCUCGGGUAAAAGACCUUGUGAUACCGAGGUACAAGAUUGUUGUGGUGACGCACAUUGGGCAGCUGAAUGAGCAGAGCAUGCACAUCGGAAGCAGGUGCCUGUGGGAUCCUGUGAGCGAUACGUUUUCGUCAUAUGUGUUCAAGAACACUUCACUGUUUGCUCUUGCAAAUGUCUAUGCUGUCUAUUUCGAAUAAGGAGGUAGUUGAGUUUAACAGCAGGAGGAAUGAACAGUCAGCCUAACUCUUCCUGUUUCUGUUGUUGAAAACGGUUGUGAAUGACCAAGGCAACUUUCACCUGUUCUGAAAUGUGGUUACCGUAAGCCUUUCGGUGGUGAAUGGGAUAACUGUAUUUCCCAGAGCUUUCUCUGGGAAGUGAUUCUUUGUGACACCUGAUUGUUUUGCACCUGAUUCUAGCUGCUCUCAGAACUGGGGAUCCCUGUGAUACUUUUUUCUCCCUGAAUUUGCCCUCACUACGUGAUCCCCAAGUAGUAACCACAGAGGGAUUUUUGGAAAGGAAAACAAAAGCAUUUUAAAACUAUCCCCAUUAAAUGGCAUUUGCAGGCAGUUAGGCCUGUGCCAGGCCCCGUGGUCCCGGCUCCAUGCACACGCUGCUGCAAGUUACCCUGCCCUGCCUGGGGGAUGGAGGGAUCCCCCCAAACCUUCCUGCCGGGCCCAGAGGUGCCCUGGGUGGGCUCUGCGGUGGGAGGGCAGCAGAGAGCGAGAGAGUCGGGGGCUUUGCUUGCCGGGGGCUGGCCUGGCUGCCCCUGAGCUCUGAGAAAAGCCCUGAGUGCUGAGAAGGUGGCCUAGAGAAAGUGGUUAGUUCUGCUUGGAGAAGACUAGCUCUGUCCCAUAGUGCUGGAAAUCAAGUGAAAAAUGUCUUCAAAUUAUAUCAUGUUUAGUGUACAUAGAUCUAACAUCUCUGGGGCCUUCUAUUAAAGGUGCUUGAAUCUAGCAAAAUAAAGUUGAAUUGGGGUUCUCAGCUGAUACCUGCCUAUAGAUAAGAGGGGAAGUACAGCCCUCUGAGCUCAGAAGUGUAUUGCCAGUCUCCCUGGGUGCAAAUUAACUGCCCACGAGGUAAGACCUCGGGUGGAUGUUACUGGAAGCAGCUGGAAUAGGAAAUAAACCACAGCUACUGCCUGCCCAGUUAGGGGCCAGUGCUGACUGCUCACAGCUCUCCUCUGCUGCGGCCGUUCCCCGGCAGCGGUGGAGGUCUGACGCACGAGCCUCGCGGCGUGACGCGCUGCACAGAGCUGUCCGCACCGCCUUGGUUUUGUUCUGAUUCUGAAGACAGACUUCUUGCUACCCGUAUUUCACAGCUGAAACCUGCUGUUGGAUUUUCGUAAGUAAGAGAACAAGCAUGUAAUAAAUCGCUUAUUUUAUUACAUUUCAUGUGCGAAGCUGAAACUAGAACAGCAGUUAGAUGGGAAGAAAUAUUUGUACUUACAACUAAAAGUUUAACUCUAAACCACUGUAAACACUUUGUGGGAUCCAGACAACCCAACCUGAACUGUCAUUGCAGCCAUUUGCUGGUUUGCACUACAACAUCUAACAUUCAGUCUUUACUCCCUAGUGCACUCCAAAGACUAAAGCUACAAUUAAAGAAUACAACUGAAAUAAUUGUGGUUUAUGUCAUGGUUAUUUUAAUACGUGAAAGCUGUGACAUUGAAUGAACCUCAUCAGCAUCUGCUGCGUUUUAGC